AUGGCAAAAGACCAACAAGAAGAAGCUCUCAGAUCCAUUUACCGGCAUAUCUAUCUCCCCAACUCAAAGGAUCCAGUGGGGAAACCAGUUCACCUCUGGGAACCAUGUGUUUCAUUCAACACUGUCCCAUCUUCUUCCAGCGAGAAGGAGUACCCUGAUUUGGACUUUGAAGGGGUCACUAUGCCCAGUAUGAAGAGACAGCCAUUUUAUUAUCAUGAAUACCCCUCUAAUUCACAAUUAUGCUCAAGUAAGAACCCAAAGAGACAGAAAUCAAUGAAUGAAAUGUUUAAGAUGGCUCAGGGUGGAAAAAUUGUGAGGGUGGAUUACCCUAGUAGACCAAUGGUGGAUAAUGAAGCUAUGAUAAUGACAAAGAAACAGCCCCUUUGGAGGAAAAAAUGGAGAGAAAGAAAGAAAAUUAUAGAAGCUAGAAGGAAAUGUGACGGAGAUUCAGUUUUCAAAUAUAGGUUUAUCUUGUUUCCGCAUGAGGAAAAACAAAAGGAAGGGAAAGGCUCAGGAGGUACUCUUAAAAAAAGGUAUAUGGGCCUCAGUAAUAAUUCAUCGCAUUCUAGUUCAAAAACAGAUGUUAAACUAAAAGAACAGAAAAGACAAAAGGAAGUUAUCAAUUUGAAAAUUGGUGAUACGAACUUACCAAGGACAAUAGUGUGUCAUAUAAGUGGGAGAAGACACACUUGGGUAGCCUUAGAUUGGCUUUUUAAAGAACUAGUUCAAGACACAGAUCAUGUAGUAAUCUUAGCAAAUUUGCCGAGAAUGGUAUGUCGUUCAAAAGUUGCCCCAGAUACAAAAAAAAUUAUUCAAGAUGAACCUAAACUAUUAGAGGAAGAAUGGACUUCAGGUUAUUCAGAAAACUUGGUGGCCAGUAGAAUUGCAAGAAUUCUUGAAUACAUCUCAUUAAUUUUACCCGUGGAUAAAUCAAUAAAGAUAACUGUGGAAAUUGCCAUAGGAAAGACUAAAAAAGUUUUAAUAGAUGCAAUUAAUAUUUAUACACCAAAUUUAUUUGUAUUUGGAACUUUGAAGUGGUCCAAAACGGAAAAUUUAAUAUCUUAUAAAUCAAAUAUAUUAAUGGACACUUUUUGUGUUCAUUAUCCAAUUCCAACUUUUAUCGUUCCUGCAAGAAGAAUGUCCAAAUUUGAAUUAUCCUUACAGGAGCAGUUCGCUAAUUGCGAACAACAAAAGUCUUUCAAAAAAAACAAUCAUGUUGAUAAAGUAAAUAAAAAUCAACAAUCCAUCAUGUUGGCUGUUCAAUCACAGGAUUCAUUAACAGCGGGCUACGAAUCAAGUACAGAAACUGACUCCCUGGAUAGUGUUGAAAAGACGAGUGACGAUAAAGAUGAUAACGAAAGUGUGGAUACAUUACGAUCAUAUUCUAAUCAAACUGGAACUAGGGCAAAUUUAUGUAAUAUUGCCAGGGAUUAUCGACACUCAAUGUUAAAAGAAUUAAAUACAUUGGAAGCAAAUAAAAAGAAAUUGACAAAUCAAGAAAGGCAACUGGGAAAAUUGGAUAUUAUAAUUAAAGCAUCCAUUAGAUUAGUAUUGAAAACUGAUGAAAUAGAUGAGCAAAGCAUUGCAACUAAUAAUAAAGAUUAUAUGAAUUUGAAAACCACAAUCACAGGUGGUAAAUCACGCUCACAGUCAAGACCAAGGUCAAUGCUUGAUGUAAAUGGUUAUGAUCCUCGAGCUGAAACAAAACAGUCAGAACUUGGUGCAACUUUGUAUCAAAGUAGAGGCAGUUCGCAAAUUAGAUUCGCAGGUAAUGUUAAUCCAAAGGAUGGUAAAAGUGCAUUAGGAACUAUAAAGAAACCACAAUCAGGUGGCGCUUCCAUUCCCUCUUCUAAGUAUAUUUCCGAUUAUAGUUAUAAUGAUGUUAUACCAUUGCGUAAAAUCAAAAGUACAGGUGGUCUUCAUCCAAGAAAAUCAUCUGAAUCUACCCGAAGUACUGCCUCUUCAAAAUCUGUUGGGGAGAAGACCAAACCAAAAUCAGGUGGAUUCUUAUCUCUUUUCAAAGGUAGUAAUAAUAGUAGUAAAAGUGAUAGGUCAAGUAGAAGGGGAAGCACAAGUAGUAGCAAUGGUGACAAGGAUUCCAAAGGGUCUUCAAGACGAGUAAGUAGAUUAUUUGGGAUUGGAAAGGGUUAG